AUGCCAAAGAGACAGAAACUCACUAACCAGAGCUUUAUUCAGCCCAUACCUCCAACUGCAUAUGACGUUCCGCAGGAACUUCUCAUAAAUUUCCCAUCGUCCAUCGUGAAUGGGAUCACAAAAGAAAAUGGAUUAGUGUCGCUAACUCUUAAAUCUGUAGCAUGCGCGCAGUUAGUGGAAGAAAUGACUUGGUUGCAUAGUAUCCUUUUCAACACCGCUGAGGAACCAACGAGAAUAAUUGAUAAGGAUCUUGACCUCAAGUCCCGCCUAGCACAAUUGCAACUGGAAGUAAAUGCGCUCAAGGCAACUAAGAAUGGCGGCCAAGUGACGACGGGAGCCAGUCCUGAAACCUUGUCCAAAGAUUUGGACAGUUCAUUGGAAAGUAUCGAAAAAUUCGAAACAUUCAAAAAUAAAUUAUUUGAAGAUUAUUCCAAGACUCAUCCUGAAACCGUAUUAAGUGUUUCAAAUGGCUUACCUUACAACAAGAUUGAAGGAAUAAAGUUCAACGUACAUGUAGACAAGAAGAAAGACGAGGAUAUCCCAAUUGCAAAGGAAAAUGCAGAAAUGCACGCGGAAAACUCUUUGGAACAGGCUCCAAUCUCAACCCCAGUAGUAUCUGACACUAUCUCUACACCAAAUCCAUUGGAAGCUGAACUGGAAACUCCAACUUCGACUUUCGAAUCACUUCUUCCUGGUAAUCCUGCCUCAGAACCUUAUGUACCUACUAACGUGGAGGUUCCCCCACCCUUUAAUGCGUUCCCUUGA